AUGGAAGCCAUGAACGUUGAUGCCAGUCAGUUGACAUCUACUGGGGUCAAACCAGAGGAAGCAUUCAAGGGAGUUACAAAGGUCCCACAGGCUCCUUCUAAGGAAGACAGAUUCUUCAUUGCUAAACUCACUGGAAGCAGAGAUGGUAUUAUGAAUUCUGGGGACUGGAAGUCCAAGGUCAACGUUGUAAAUGACAGCUUCAUUGAGAACUCCAUCAAUUAUAUCCAGAACGCAAUGAAUACAGAAGAUGUCUUCUCCCUGCUGACAGAUGAUGAAAUCUGGGAGCAUAUUGUGAUUGAAUCCCGUUUCUCAAGGGAGAAGGCAGAGGAAGUACACGAAUGUUUAAUGGCGCAGGAGGCAUUUGGAGACAUGAAGGACAUAGAGUCACAAGAGCUGGAGUUCAGGGAGAGAUUCUUGAAAGAGUUUCCUCAGAUGGAAAGGGAACUUGAAGAGCACAUAACACAGCUCCGAGCACAGGCAGACAAGGCCGACAAGAUACACAAGGACUGCACCAUCUCAAACGUGGUGGCCAGUUCCACCGGCAUUUUGUCUCGAAUCCUGACCAUUGCUGGCAUGGGUCUGGCAUCGGUGACACCUGGGGUGAGUCUGGGUCUGACAGCAGCUGGGUUGGGUCUAGGGGCUGCUUCUGCUGUGACUGGUGUAGCCACUGACAUCGUGGAACGCACAAGCAUGGCAGCCAUCGAAGUUGAUGCCAAUAAGUGGACAUCACCUGAAGUCAACCGAGAGGAAGUAUUAAAGAAAAUUGUAUCUGACUGCGCCCCGAGACUUGGUCCCAUGGGAGAUAAUGUUGUCAGAGGCGCGACAGGCAUUGAGAGGAACAUUCGUGCCAUCAAUUUGGUCAGUGCUAAUCCUCGCCUAGCAGACCGAGCAACACGCUUCAUGAAUGGUGAAAGAAUCUCAGCUCGAGGUGCCAGGCAGGUGCAGAAAGCUUUUGGAGGCACUCCACUGGCAAUGAGCAGAGGAGCCCGAAUGGCAGGGAUAGUCUCUGAAAGUUUUUCCCUCCUUAGAGAUGUAUACAGCCUUGUGGAGCAAUCCAAUGACUUGGAGAUGGGAGCUCAGACAGCGUCAGCUAUCCAGCUGAGGGAGCAGGCGUCUGAACUGGAGAUGACACUGAGAAACCUCAAAGCGAUCCAUGCAGUUCUCCUGGAGGACAUUAGAGAGGCCUGUUGA